GUUUUCUUUUCAGAGCAUUUAAACACGCCGAUCAAGAGUCAAACCGGAAGUGUACUGUUCGGUUAGCCUGCUAGCAGGGAACAGUCGUCGUAGUCUUCACUUUAGGUGUUCGGCAAGUGCAAGAAUGUCCGAAAGAAAAGUAUUAAAUAAAUACUACCCCCCGGACUUUGAUCCGGCCAAAAUCCCCAAACUUAAGCUCCCUAAAGAUCGACAAUAUGUGGUCAGAUUGAUGGCCCCCUUCAAUAUGAGGUGCAAAACAUGUGGCGAGUACAUCUACAAAGGAAAGAAGUUUAACGCUCGUAAAGAAACCGUCCAGAAUGAACUCUACAUGGGACUCCCCAUCUUCCGUUUCUACAUCAAAUGCACUCGCUGUCUGGCUGAGAUUACAUUUAAGACUGAUCCAGAGAACACAGACUACGCCAUGGAGCAUGGUGCUACCCGAAACUUUCAGGCAGAAAAACUCAUUGAGGAAGAGGAGAAGAGGGUCCAAGAAGAGCGGGAAGAGGAGGAGCUGAACAACCCCAUGAAGGUGUUGGAGAACCGCACGCGGGAUUCCAAGAUGGAGAUGGAGGUGUUGGAAAACCUCCAGGAGCUGAAGGAUCUCAACCAGAGGCAGGCUCAGGUGGACUUUGAAAGCAUGCUCGGCCAGUACAGAGAGAUGGAGAAGAGAGAGAGGGAGCGGGAGAAAGAAGAAGAUGAGCGGGAAACCAAAGACAUGUUGGACCGAGUGCUUGUCAAAAGACUGCGAGACUCUGACUCUGACAGUGAAGAGGAGAACAGCAGCAGCAAUGUGGAAUCCAAGAAGUCCAGCUGUGAUAAACCUACAGACAUCCUAACAGCGGACAAACCCACUGAAACACAAACGACUUGUGUGAAGAGAGCCAAGGUGGAGAGCUGGGAGAGGAGCGUGGGCACACUGGGUGGUAAGGGCUCACUUGGAUCCCUUGUAGUACGCAAGAAACAAGCAGUCAACAUCACCACCAAGCCAGUGCAGAAGUCAGUCACAGAUUCAAAGAAGUCGGUUGCCAGCACCAAAGCUCCUCCCAUCGCAAUGCAAAACGGAUCGUCCUCUCUCGGCUUGCUGGGUGCUUAUUCAGACAGCGAGAGCAACGACAGCGAAUGAGGAUAAAACUGCCGUCCGGUGGAGUCGAUGACUGAUGCAGAACAAUGUGCUAUUUUGUACACAUCAAGUAAAAGCAUGUCAUUACAUAAAUAUAUUUUAGUCCUUACUGUGUUGACCUUUUGUGCAUGCAGAACAUUUCAUUCAAACUAAGGCUAGAGCUUUAGGCCAGAAUAAUUUUUUUAUCCUCACAAUUUAAGUUUUGUAUCAACCACCAAGCAUACAUUUUUAUUGUUUGUAUUCAUAUUAAAUUCUCCCUAAAAUGUUUUUGUCCUGAAUAUUAUAUAUGUAUAUAUUUGUGUUUAUAUAUGUGUAUAUGCGUGUGUGUGUGUGUGUGUGUAUAUGUAUAUG